AUGACGUCGUGGCAGCCCCCAGGUCCCCUCAAUGCCAUCAGGAUACUGAGAAGAGCAGACAAAAAUGAUGAUGGGAAACUGUCCUUUGAAGAAUUCAGAGCGUAUUUUGCAGACGGUGUUCUCAGUGGGGAGGAACUGUGUGAGCUGUUCCACACCAUCGACACCCGUCGCACCAACAAUCUUGACACAGAAGAAUUAUGCGAAUAUUUUUCUCAGCACUUAGGAGAGUAUGAAAAUGUCCUGGUGGCACUUGAAGACCUAAAUCUUUCCAUCCUGAAGGCAAUGGGCAAAACAAAAAAAGACUACCAAGAGGCCUCCAAUUUGGAACAGUUUGUAACUCGGUUUUUAUUGAAGGAGACUUUGAAUCAGCUCCAGUCUCUACAGAAUUCCCUGGAAUGUGCCAUGGAAACCACUGAGGAGCAAACCCGACAGGAAAGGCAAGGGCCCACCAAGCCUGAGGUCCUGUCCAUUCAGUGGCCUGGGAAGCGGUCCAGCCGCCGGAUCCAGAGACACAGCAGCUUCUCUCCCGGCAGUUUCUCUCCCGGCAGCCCUCAGUUUACCCUCAGCGGACCAGGCUCACUAGAAGAAGACAACCGGUGGAUGACCCAGAUAAACAGGCUCCAGAACCUGAUUGACAGGCUGGAAAAGAAGGAGCUCAAACUUGAACCCCUGGAGGAGGAAGUUGUUGACGGCAGCAGUAAGUCUCAGGUCCUGCUGGUGCAGCGGCAGCUGACCGUGAACACAGAGGACUCGGCAGGGUUCCAGGUGGCCCUGAAGCUCUACGUGGAGAGUGCAGCUGCUCAGAGUGGGUGUUUGCGUAUUUCUAUACAGAAGCUUUCAAAUGAAUCUCGCUACAUGAUUUAUGAGUUCUGGGAGAAUAGUAGUGUGUGGAAUAGCCACCUUCAGAUGAGUCACAGCAAGACGUUCCAAAGGAGUAACGUGGACUUCCUGGAAGCCCCAGAACUCACGUCUACGAUGCUGGUCCCCGCAUCCUGGUGGAUCCUGAAUAACAACUAGAUGUUCCCACACGUUCUCAUUAUGGUCCAAGUGCAAACCAUGUGUCAAUCAAAAUGUGAAUUAGAGCCCAGCCGGCAUGGCUCAGCGGUUGAGCAUCUACCUAUGACCC